UCCACCGCGGAAGCUUUGAUCGAGAUUUAUUAGUUGUUGAAACUGCCAUCCGUUUAAAAGUGCCUUUUUUAAAAUCAACGGUCGAUGGUCUCCUAGACAACUUCGUUAAGAAUGAUUCUCUUUAUCCAGCGAAUCAAGGUUCAAAGUAGGACGUUACCUCGCCAGAAGUGAAGAUGGUGUCACCUCUGAAUUCGGGCGAAAUUGAAGCGAGAGUGCCCUAUUCCAAAAUGGCUGCCGAGACAGACAGCCCGGUGGAGAAGAGUCUUCUUUCGUUUUCCCUGUGGUUUGGGACCCCGAGUGAGAAAGUGACCUGUCCCUAUGAUGCUAAUCAUCAAAUGCCUAAAUCUUCUUUGGAGAAACAUAUGAUAUCCUGUAGAUUGAGGAAACUUGAAUAUUCUAAAGAGGAAGAGGCUGAAAUGUAUGAUUCUACUUUUUUCUAUGAAAAAGGCAAAAUUCCUAAAGUUAAAAUGGACAAAGAUUUGCAAUUUGACAUUAUUAAAAAAGCCACGGCCAAAGAGAGUGGAAAUUAUUGCCCAGGAACUUACUCAUCUCAGCCUGUGGAAGUUCCACAAAACCACAAGCGUUACAUCUGUGAUCUGACCCAAGCUGACCGCCUUGCAAUUUACGAUUAUGUCCUUGUAGAGACAAAGAACCAGAGGUCAAGAUCUCAACUGACAGAAAAUGACAGUGAUUUGUUUGUAGAUUUGGCAGCAAAAGUCAACCAAGAUGAUGGCCAGAAAGGUCCAAAAUCUCACCUUGAAAUUCUUGCAGAGAUGCGGGAUUAUAAAAGGCGGCGGCAAUCGUACAGAGCUAAGAAUGUUCACAUAACAAAGAAAUCUUACACAGAGGUAAUCAGAGAUGUGAUUGGUGUACACAUGGAAGAACUUACCACUCAUUGGCAGGAAGAGAACAGAAAUACUGAGGUUCAUGAAGAUGAAAAAUCCUCUUUUUCAGCAAAGUCUUCAGGAAGUAAAGAAGAACGAAGAUCUGCAUCAGCCGAUUCAACACAGUCUUGUGGAAGUUCAAAAGAUAUUGAUUAUUCUCGACAUAGGAGGAAUUCCAGCAGAAGUCCAGGCCGACGGAAAAGAAGUCGAGAAAGAGAAAGAGAGAGAGAUUCCAGAAGGAAAAGAGAUAGGUAAGUAGUGUCUUUAGUUUCUGACUUUUGUUGCCUACCCCUGAACUAGAGUAAUGAUACAUCACAGGCUGGGAUUGUAGAACAUGCUUAAAACUUAUUCAGCGUUAAUUUGUAGAAGAAAAUUUCACAGUAAUUUUCAUUCAGCUAUUGGCUUUAAGUCUUCCUAUACUUGCCCAAGAUAUUAAAUCAAAAGCUGUAUCAAAUUAGUAAUGAUACCAGAAUCAAUACACUCAACCAUAUACUUUUUUUAAAACAAAAGUUGAUUUCAUAAUAACCAGCAUAAUCUAAAAGAAAUAACAAUAUGGAGUUCUAUAUAUCAUAAUUUCUCAUAUUUCAAAGAAAGUACUUAAAAAAUCCUGACAUAAAAUAAGUAAAAA